AUGGCCACCGCUUUACCCGGAAUCCUGGAUAAGAAGAGUUUUGUUGUUAUCACCGGAGUAGGUCGAGGUCUUGGACGAAGCAUCGCUUCGAAGCUGGUAGAAAAACUGCCGCCGUCAUCUUUCUAUGUAUUUCUAUCACCCGACCAUACUGGACAGGAAAGCCUUGCGGGGAAUUUGUCUACAUCACACCCAGGAGUACGAAUUCGAACCGAAACAUUUGACCAGGGGAAAAUGGAUCAACAAAUUUUCGACAAUCUGUUUGUUGAUAUUUUGAAAAAUGAUAAUCUGGAACCCGAAGAGUUCGAUCAAGUUAUCAUAGUACAUAACAGUGCAAUAGUUGGUGACGUAUCGAAGCAUACAUGGGAUUUGACGGAAGUGACGUCAUUGGUACAUUUAUUUGACGUAAAUAUCGUUGGCAUGAUACUCCUUAAUGCUGCGUUUCUCAAAGUAUUUACCGAAGUGACCAAUCGGCUUAUUGUCAAUGUGACGUCAGGAAACGCCAUACGGCCAUACAAAACCAUGAGCACGUAUUGUGCAGCUAAAGCUGCACGGGACAUGUUUUUCCGGGUGCUGUCGUCAGAAGAUCCGUCCAUCCGGGUUAUCACCUACUCGCCUGGUCACGUGGACACUGACAUGCUGACGUAUGUCCGUGACAAUACGGCUGACAAGGAGCUCGCCGACAAGAUCAAAGGUGGGUGGAACUAUUAUUUCUAUGGUAAACAGAGGAAAAAUAUUUAA